AUGUCACGUUCUACAGACGAAGACUGGUCCAUCAUCUCGUCGUCCUCAGAUGUCGACGAUGACCAAUCUACAACUUCGUCACACGACCUCACCUUGGACCACCAGAACGACCCAUUGGAUUUGGCUGAAAACCGAAAGGAACCGCGUUCAUCGAUUUCUUCCUUCACCACCUUUAAAUUACCUUCAAUCUACAGUCGUUCGAACAGUUCUGGCUCUAAAAACGAUGCUGAAACUGUUAUUGAGCCAGAAACCACGAAUGACGGGUUCCAAAAAGGGGACAGCAUCGAUACUGGUAUUGAUGCAGGUCUCAUGGGCGAGACAAAUUCUCUGUACGCAGCUUCUGUAUCUUCAUUAUCUGAAGAAACAAACUCAGAUUCCGAGUCGGAACAAGAUCUCUGUGAUCCUGAGAAACUAGCAGAGUCAGCUAUUUCUUCCAAAAUCAACUUCUACGAGAAUUUGUCGAAAAUUAAUGAGUCCAUCAAACAGAGUUCAACCAAUUUUUAUUCCAACUUUGCCAAGGUCAAAAUUGACCAGUUGAACAAGUAUAUCGCCGACCAAAGGGCCCAAACUGUCAAGGAAGAACCACAAGAAUUGGUUCAAGAAGAGCAAGAAAACCUCGACGACACCAUUGUCGAGCUUAGGACUGUGGAAGAAACCGUCCCUACCACCCCUCUUCCCGUGGAUCCUGUAGACAAAGAACACCAAAUCCAGGAGGAACAAAGAGUGUUCCAAAAAUACUUGUUGCAAGGACUUGCAUAUUUACAAAAAUUCUUGGAAUCGAAUUCCGACUACUUGUACUACUACUUUUUUGCCAGUGUUCUCAGCUUGAUACCUCUUUACUAUGUUUCCUGUUAUGUCACGACGUACUUCGUUGCCGAACAAGACCCAGAGAAUGCCAUCGACUACAUGCGCCAUAUGCUUCAAGAAUUGGAGGAACUCAUGUAUGAGGAAGAGACAGCCUCGAUAUCCGCUUUCUCUUUCUUCUCCAAGAAGAAGAAGAGAGUCAACAAGAUUGUGAAAUAUGGAAACCGGUUCAAGAACAAUGUCUUCCAGGGAAGCAAUUAUGUCAUUGAUAAUUAUCUUCAUAUCGAUAGACGACAGGUGUCUGAAGUGGUCAUGGCACAGUGGAAUGGCAUUAGAGACCGUUCCAUCAUUAUUUCACACGAGUUGGUAAAAUUCGGCAAGUUGACACAAGGACAGGUGCAGGUAUUGCAGGGCAUGAUUACCAAUGGUUUUUUUAGGUAUAAGCAAUUGGGAUUGCAAACUUGGGAUUUAUGGAAAGCCGAUGGCUUGAGUGCCUUCAAUCGUUUCCUGACGACUGGGAUGGCAAAGUUCAGGGAGUUUGCUGAAAUUACGAACUAUCAGCUCUCAUCUCUCAGCGACUCUCUCUACCAUUUCUUAACAGAUGAUUCUAACAAGUAUUCACAACAGGUUCUUGACAGCUGGCUGUGGAUACAGAAGGCAUCUUCUGAGAGCUACAGUAGUUUCUUGAACGUUGUGGACUCAACGUACAACAAGUACGAUGGGCCCGUGAAGGCUGCAUUUGUUUCCACAAUAGAGACUAUCAAGGCUAACUCCAUAGCUGGAAUCGAUAAUUUGAACGAUGCUUCUCUGUGGGUUGUCGAUAGAAUCAAGAAUGUAGAAGUGAAACAGAACUUGAACAGAUGUGCUGUGGCUAUUUACAAACGCGCCCGUCCAUUAAGAGAUUUAUUUAAAGGUACAACCACGGAUGUUGUGGUUGUUCCAGUGUAUGGCCUGGUUGUAGCUCCAUUAUAUGGUACCCAAAUAGGUGCAAAAGAAUUAGUUGCAAAAAAAAAGACCCUGGAACCGCUUGCCAAAUCGCGGAACUACCUGCAGGAGGUAGUGUCUGGUGUCCAAAGCGAAAUUAUGGACGAAUUUUCGAAUAUGUCAAACAGGAAAUUUCACCAUUUCUUCUUUUUGAUCAACACUGAACUACACAUUUUUGAGGACACUGGCCAAUCUAAGUGUAUAGAAGUAGUGUGCGAAGAACAGUAUUUGUAAUUAAGAAUUUUCAGAACGAAAAUCCGAAAUUAAAAGUUUCAAACAAUUCUGAGAUUGUUUCCUAGAGUUGAUUCUAUAGAUUUCAGAACUCAAAAGUAAUUCUAUAAUUGCAUCGAUAAAAUUUCAAUCGGCGUAUUCAAUAUCAAGAUCUGAUUGUCGAGAAGCCAUUAUUUGUUAAAAUUUUGUACUUUCGAACUACUGUCAAUUUCAUUUUCAUACUUACAGACUUCAUUUAACCUUCACCAUGGGUAUCCCGAAAUUCUUCAGAUUCAUAUCGGAAAGAUGGCCGUUGAUAUCGCAGCUCAUCGACGAGAACCAAAUUCCCGAGUUCGACAAUCUCUACUUGGAUAUGAACUCGAUUUUGCACACAUGUACGCAUUCAAACGAUGAUACGUUACUGAGAAUGACAGACGACCAGAUGUAUGCUUCAAUUUUCAGCUACAUCGAGCACUUGUUUGAGAUUAUCAGACCUAACAAGGUGUUCUACAUGGCUAUAGAUGGUGUUGCACCUCGUGCAAAGAUGAAUCAACAGCGUGCCAGAAGAUUCAGAACAGCGUAUGAAGCCGAAGAAAACUUGAAGAAGGCUAUUGCCAACGGUGAAGAGAUCCCCAAGGACGAUCCAUUUGACUCGAAUUCGAUUACUCCCGGAACGGAGUUCAUGGCUAAGUUAACCGACAACUUGAAGUAUUUCAUCCACAAGAAAAUCACCGACGACUCCAAUUGGGCUAAUAUCAAGAUAAUCUUGUCAGGCCAUGAGGUUCCAGGAGAAGGGGAACAUAAGAUCAUGGAGUAUAUC